AUGUACACAUCCUCGCUGCCGUCGCUGCCGGAGUGUCAACCAAGCAACAAGACCAUGUCCCAGGCCGCAGGUGAUGCCCUGGAAUCCUGGCUCAGCGAGGAGUCACAUCUGUCCAGUGACUGCUCUGGCUCCGCACAAUCUGCACAUGGCUCGGGCGAAACUGGUCGGAGCCAAAGUGAACUUCGAGAUCCCAGCGAGUUCAAUGGCGGAAGUCGACUGGUGGGAAUGGCCCUUCCCCCUGUGGCCUCCGCGUUUCAUGUUCGCAAGAAACGGAAAAUCUACGCCAUGUUUAUCUAUGACCUCUUCCAUACCGUUCUGGAACUGCCUUUCUUGGGUCUGUAUCCGAUGGUUUUCUGCUUGUACGUCUUGGCCUCAGGGACGUGCUUCAAGAUGCUGCUGCGUGCUUUGUGCCACUUUAUCUUUGCUCUGGUAUGGUGGUCCAUUUCUGAUAACUGUGCCAUUGGACUCUCGAGCCUCCUCUCGGCCUUCUACUUCUCAGUUGAGACGCAGAUGACCAUUGGUUACGGAGCUCCAAAAGAGAAUUUUGAUGGCUGCCCAGAAGCCGUGUUGAUACUUCCACUUCAGGUGGUUUGCGGACAGUUUCUGGACGCUGCAGUGAUCGGGGUGGUCUUCGCCCAGAUCUCAGCAGCGAGCGCGCAUGCUGCCAGCGUGAUGUUCAGCGAUACAGCUCUGCUGCGGGUGAUCGAUGGCUGUGCGUAUCUCACAUUUCGCAUCGCUAAAAGGACUGGCUUUACCUUGUCACAAGGAAAGAUCCAAGUCUAUUGCGUUCAGCAUCACAAGGACCCCACACAGCCCAAAGGAGUGCGGGUGGAAAUCAAUGCGAUGGAUUUGAUCGAGCCUGACAUGGACAUGCACAACGGCGUGAUUUUCCUCGGGCUUCCCACAGAAGUGGUUCACAAGGUGGACUAUGAGAGCCCGUUGUCUCCCGUGGUUCCUCGAGGUACCGAAGGUCAUCCGCAUGAGCUGGACGUUCGCACCUACAUGCGACAGUCCACUUAUAUGGAGGUGCUGGUCUUAGUCAGCGGAGUGGAGCAGACCACAGCAGCAAGUUUUGAAGCAAGGCAUUCCUACACUUUGGAUGACAUCUUUUGGGACAGGACAUUCGCGCCCUGUGUGUCCAUCAACGAGCGUGGAUAUCAUACAGUAGACCUGUUCAGCUUUCAUCAAAGCCACAUGAACAGAGAUGAGUCGAUGGUGAAUAGCCUGGACCAUGCGAUAUCUACGCGAACACAUCCUUCGAUCCUGGCAACUCUUCACCCUCAGGUGGCCGACUGGACGAUUUAUCAGUCGCGGUGGCCAGGUGUGGCCGCGGGGCGAUUGGAGGAGCUUUUCAGCUUCUCUUCGAGGCAGGUGAGCCACAGUGACAUCUUCACCCGGCAGAACAGUGUCAUGCCUGCAACGCAGCCGGCUACAAUGCCGGCGACUCACCAUGAAGAUCUGGAAGCAUCCGCUGUCAGCCCAAAGUGGCUGAUCCGACUGGGUGAAUGGGAGGUUUUCGGAUUGAAAAAGGAAGGUUUCUUCGGCCAUGAAAGCAGUAUGUUCUGUGGUCGCUUGAAGCUGGCCCUUCAACCUCGCCUCUCGAGGGCAUGGCUGCUGAACAUCCGCUUCCUGCGGACGCUGUUGGAGAUGGAGGUCUCCUCGCUCCGCUCCGAGGCACUGAACUUGAUCGGGCAUGAAAAUACUGAUGCAGUACAAGAGCUCAGAUUGUCGUGGAUUCAAGAAGCCUUGAUCCCCAAAGCCAUGCAGAAGACCCUGAUCACCCAGGCUCUAUUGCAGCAGAAUGCCAUCAUCAGACUAGCAGCCUUGCAGCUGUUGAUAGCUGCAUUGCAACGGCUGCAGCGAGCUGUGGUCGGGUGCUCUUGGGAGCCUGCUGAAAAGGAGGAGUUGUUGCAGCGAGCGCAACAUCAGCUUCCAGAGCUGAAUACCUUGCUGCUGUUGUGGCAGCAGCUGUGUAAGGAGGACCACUUUGAUCCCACGCCCACAGAGCCCUCCUUUGACCUUGAAGGCUCAACGCCUUCAAAGUCCAAGGGCGCCAAGGGCGCCAAGGGCGCCAAGCGCAAGCACGGUGGGGCUGCUGAAGAGUGGCCGGUCGAAAACGGAGACAAUGGAGACGCUGACGCCUAUGAAACCACUGAAGUUCUGCAGGUGACUCGUGAAGAGAUGCUCCAGUGGAUGGGACUGGAUGGGCCGGACAUGCCAUCUCACUUGGUCUUUACUUGCUGGUGCAAGAGCAUCCAGAGGUACUUGGAGGUUCUUCCCCAAAGUGCUUUGGACGUGAAGUUCGAUUGGUUGGAAGCUCAGCGUCCAACGCUUCGCCACUGCGACCCCCGCUGGUUCGCAAAACGUGCCAUGUGCGACUGCAGCAGCUCGCUUCGUCGAAACUCUGCUUUCAAACUGGUAGCGGAGCAUUGGCUCCUGCAACUAACGGCAAUUGCUUUGCUGUCCCUGGGCUCCUACCUUUGGUGCUUGGGAGCGAUGGCAUUGGAUACCCUACGGUAUGGAAGUUUCAAGCCCACCUAUGUGGCGACGGACACAAAGGCACUUCCAGGAUAUGGUGGAGAAGUUCAGUCAUGGGCUGACUACCGUUUCGCUGUGGAGGCCUUGGAAAAGAAGGAGGCGCAGAUCGCAGAAGGCGAGAGAAAGAAGUUGGGACCAUUAGCCCUUAGGCUGACGGAGCGAUUGGUUGGACCCGCCUUGCAAGUGGCAAAGAAGGUUGGAGUGGAGAAGCAAGCGGCCUUGGAGUUGUAUCGAGCUGGAAUGCGCGAAGGGAUCCUAUCGAGGCAAACUGGUGAGCCGAUGAGUUCAUAUUGCCUACGUCGAGAAGCAUGGUGGACGCAGCUUCGAGACAUGGACCCGAGCAUUCAGUGCAGUGAUGCAAUUCUGGGUGAGCAGUUGCUUCAACAUGCAGGACUGGGCCAUCUGGAACAGCAAAUGGUGAGGACGGUGUGUCAAAAUGACUUGAGUGACAUGGACCGUUUAGCCAAUACCCUAAGGGAUCAGUUUGGGACACUCCAUGAAAGGGAAACCAAUCGGGGAAAAGGAAAGGGUAAGUAUGAAUACAAACCCUGGUCUCAACGGACUGGCUAUAUGACGGACUUCGCAGAUGACAACUCUCUGGAAGACUCCUCUCAAGCUGGCUACAACGCUGUGGAGACCUACCAGGAUUCCUAUGCCAACCACCAGGAGGAUGAUGAGACCUAUGGUGACGAUGAUGCAGCAUGGGAAGAUGACCAGCGUGAGCGGGAGAUCGAAGAGGAGGUCGUGAUCUGGUAUGCCAGCCAGAGCAUUGAUGCGCAGACCUGUGCGCAGGAAGACUUGGAGCUUGUGGUCGACGCUGUGGAGGUUGAAAUUUCGGCCUACUACAACCGUAUGCAGGCUGAACAUCGUGGAGUCACCAGCCCGGCCAACAGUUCCAACUAUGCUGGUGGAUCAUCGACUAUGUCAAGCCAAGAACGCCAAGCCAAAGUUCUAGCUGCGAAGCAGCGAUCUCACUGUCGUGCAUGCGGGCAACUUGGUCAUUGGCAACGUGAUCCAAUUUGUCCCCAACGAGGUCGUGGAAAAGGAUUUGGAAAGAAAGGCAAAGGAGGCAAGUUUGGGAAGGCCAAAGGUGACUAUGGAAAGUCUCGUGGAAAAGGUGGAAAGAAGGACAAGCCAAGAGUGGUCUACUUCGCUGUGGGUGAGGCCAGUGGCAGUGGCGAUGGACAUUGCUACAUGGUGCUUCAUUCGAGCCUUGACGAUCCUGGGACACCUACAGGUUCUGCAGAAGGACGCCUUGAAGGACGCCUCGAUGCAGAGCAGCAACGAGCCUUGGAAGCCGAAGUGCAGCGUUUGAUGCAGCUGCCGAGGGAUGAGAUUGACCGGAGACUUCAACAGGAGUUGGAAUUCAUGCCCCCGGUUUCGAAGGCUGCCCCAUCAUUGAAGAGCCCUACACCUGUGCCGAAGGCCAUCAUGCCACCAUCUGACUUGGCUACAUCAUCUACUUCGAGGACACCUUUGACGGCUUCGAGUUUGUCAUCGAUGAGACCUCCCGUGCCACCUAUGCCUACCAGAAGCAGUGGACCAAUCCUUGAAAGUGAGCCUGGAGAUCCAACACCUGGAGAUGGAGGAGUGUGUGCCCACCGGAACAUUACGAGAAGAGGAAGCAAUCAGUACCUCACCAUGGUGACCUGCAAGGACUGUGGACAACGACUUCAGAUCGAGCGGCGUGAGCCGGAUGCAGACAGGCCAAUGGCAGUUUUCACCCCUAUGGAAUGCCCUCAUCCUACAGAUCAAGUCUCGUGGAGAGGAAGCAAUGGCUAUGCCUGGAAAUGGAGCUGCGCUGCUUGUGGAGCCAGUGAUUCUGUGAAGAAGCAACCUGGCCAACCUCGUCCUGUACCUGGACAAGGAUCUACGUCAGUGGUCAUUGAGGCUGACGAGAACACCGGCUACAACAUCAACAACGAGGCACAGGCCCUGAUGGAUGAAACCCUUUUUGUCAGUUUGGCAGAAUGGGAGCAAUUUCGUGGACUACUCGGACGCAUGGUGAAUAAUCACAUCACCUUGCAUGGAGCCAUCACACAGGGCGAGUUCUUGCAUGUGGUCAACGCCACCUUGCUGUGCUACAAGACACUUGGAUCGACCUUCACUCAAGCUAUGACAUCGAUGCCAGUGGCAAAGGCAUCACCAGGAGCAAGAUCUACGACAAGUGCGGCAAGAUCUACAUCGAGCGUUGGAACUUUGAGGACUGAAGCCGGAGGAAUCGAUGGAUCCAACAUGAUCACCUUUGGACGCUACAAGGGCUACACCUUUGCCGACGUCUACGAGAUGGACGCUGGGUACGUGCAAUUUGCACUGGAUGAGCGUGCAAAGGGAUCUGCCUAUUGCACCAACAUGCAGAGGUUUCAGGACUACUGCUUGCGGCGACGGGAAUCAGAAGGCCUUGCUGUGGCCUACAUGGUGGACGAUGAGUUCGCAGUGAGCGGACCUGAAGAUGACGAUGUGCUGAUGUACUUGGACAGUGGCUGCAACUCCACAUGCCACGGCCAGUACUGGAUGGAGAAGUUUGAGGAUGCCACCAACUAUCGGCCGCAAUGGAUGUCCCGAGAGCGCAAGAACCUGAUUGGAAUUGGCGGAGCUGCCUUGAGCUUGGGCAUCAGGAAGCUCUACAUCGCCCUGGAGACCUUGGAGGGAUACAAUGUCCCCGGCAUCAUCACCUCGAUUGAGAUUGAAGGAUCUCAUGCCCCUCUUCUACUUUCACUUCCAGCUCAACAAGAUCUCGGCAUGGUGAUCGACUUGGUGGAAGGCACUGUGAAGUCUCGGACCUUGGGAUGCACCUUCAACGCAGUUCGAGGACGUCGCAACAGAUUGAUCGGACUUCGUUUGACCCCUGGUGACUUCAUGGACGACGGUGCCACGAUCCCGGUGAGUCUCAUGGCAGAGGCAGACGAUGGAGACCGAGGAGAUCGAGAUCGAGAUCAAUGGAGGAGGCAUGCAAAGACCCUUAUGACUCAUGAGGUGAAGAAGCUGCCGAUGAAGAAGAAGCGCCACAGAGGACAUCAACAAUGUGUCCGAAGAGGAAGCCAACAGGAUUCAGCUCGUGGAAGUGCAGAUCCACCGAGCUUUGAGACCUACAAUGGCCUGGAGGAUUGGACAGAGGAUGACGUCUUUCCCCCAGCACCACAACCACUACCAGAGACGGAGGAUGAUGAGUUCGUCUAUGUGGAGGUGGACGUGACGGAUGAUGAAGACGAUGAUGUCAUCAUCACCGAGGACAACCCGGAGAAUGCCGAGUCCGAAGAGGAAGAGAACCCGGAACGUCGUGAUGAGUCGACUCAGGACAUCAUCAAUGAGCUCGAGGCGCUGCCUGACGAGGUCUUCGACGCUUUUCCGGAUGAGCUCUUCUUGCCCGGAGGUGGAGACGGAGAUGGAUCGCCGUCGAGCCCUACGUCUCAGCAACACCCUGAAGAGGAUGAGGCAGACUGCUGGGAGCUGAAGGAUGACCUGGUGAUUCGACACCACUUCACACCCAGGAAGCAGUUCUUCAACCCGAAGGACGCUGAGCUGUCCCUUCCCAUCGAUCUGAACCGUCUUAGUUCAACCAGAUGGACUUUCAUGGAAUACCUUGACAAGGAGGAGAAAGAUACUGAGAUCGAUGAGUGGAAGGAGAAGCCAUCAACUGCUGGACGAGAUCGGGUGUGGGUUGGAACUACGGAAUUCCGUGUCAUCCCAGUCGAUGAGGAGUUGAAGACCCAGAGGAUGUCUUGGGAAGAUGGGCCUAAGAAGGUCAUGAACAGAGGCCAGCGCAAGAAGAUCCACGCUGAGGUGCAAGACAUUGAGAAGGAGGACUAUGCCUUGUGGAGUGUUCUUCGACGUCAGCGCCCAGCUAUGCCACGUGGAUGGAAAGCUCUUUUGGAGUUGUUCGCUGGUGCAGCGGUUUUGACCGCGACCUUUCAGGCUCAGGGCUAUGAGUGUUGCCAGCCCUUGGACAUUAGAUCUGGAUGGAACGUCUUUGACAAUGAUCAGAGGAAGCAGGUUGAACACACCAUCGAGAAGGAGAACCCCUAUUUGCUGAGCUUAGCAUGGCCGUGUGGACCUUGGUCGCCUUGGCAGAGACUUUGCCCAGACAAGGACCUGGUAUGGGCCAAGCGCCGUGAUUGGCUGGAAGUUUUUCGCUGGUUCAAGAAGAUCAUCAAGAAGCAACGAGAUCGAGGAGGAGUUUCGAUGCUGGAGAACCCUUGGCCAAGUGAGGCAUGGAACACGGAGGAGAUGCAGCAGGUGAUUGCGCUUGGACUGGAAUGCAACAAAAUCGACAUGUGUUCCUUCAACCUUCGAGAUCGAGAAUCUGGUUUGCUUCACCGAAAAGGGACGUGCAUCGCCACCGACUCCCCUGGGAUCAGCGAGACCCUUCAUGGAAAAGUAUGCCACGGAGGACAUCAACAUCAGCCAUUGGAAGGCAAGAAUGCCUAUGGAUCACGGUGCCAACAAGCCGGCAAGUACACUGUGGAGUUCUGCAAAACGAUUGUGAAAGGAGUCCAACGAGAUUUGGAGAAUCAGCUAUGCUAUGCCUUCGCUGCUGAGGAUCUGCUGGAGGAUGUGGAGAACCAGGAUGAUUCCGCAACUCUUGAUGGAAUCCAUGGUCCUGACGAUUUGGGGAAGCUGUCUGCUUCUCAAGAAGUUGAACGCAACGUGACCCAUGAGGAGGACCUGGAGCUUUUGGACAAGGACGCAGACCCUGAAGGCGAGAAGCUGAGGAAGCAGGAAUGGAGAAAGCUCUCCAAAGCUGAACGAGUUGGCAUUCGCCGUCUUCACCACAUGACGAGCCAUGCCACCAAAUCUCAGAUGACUCGGAUGUUGAGGUAUGCCAACGCCGACAAGGCUGUGAUCAGAGCUGUUCGGCAUUUCAGGUGCCCUUCUUGUGACCGAAUUGCACCUGAGGCAAGACCACAAGUCGUGAAGCCACCGGACCCCUACGUCUUCAACGAUUCCAUUGGUAUGGACAUUUUCACCAUCAAGGACGCCUUUGAGCAGCCCUUCCAUGUGCUUCAUGUUAUUUGCUUGGGAACCCACUUUCAUGCUGGCGAAGUUCUUGGAGUCGCCCAUGGAGUGCCGAGUUCCAACAAAUGUCUUCAAACCUUGCUGAGGAUUUGGAUGAACUGGACCGGAUUGCCCACGCACAUUGUGUGCGACCGCGGCACCCACAACCGUGGCGUGCUGAUGCAACAACUGGAGCAACGUGGAUGCAGAUUUCGCUUUGCUGCUUUGGAGGCACCCUACCAACUUGGGAAGAUUGAACGUGGAGGUGGCAUCUUGAAAGGCAUGAUGAAGCGUGUGAUUGCAAGCACCACUACAGUCGGAGAAGAUGAGCUUCGAAUGUGCUUGGUGGAAUGUUUGGAGACCAAGAACCGCCAAGGAACUGUGAAUGGAUUCAGCCCUUGCCAAUGGGUUCUUGGACGCAAUCCUCGCAUGUUUGGAUGGCAAGACGAGGUGGACGAUGACUUUCACAACGUCUUGGACCCUGAUCCAACAUCAACCUUCAAUCGACGUGGAGCCAUGAGGGAGAGUGCACGCCUUGCUUGGGCGAUGGAGGACAGUCAUCGACGUGUCCGAGCAGCACUACUUCGUCGUGGUGGAACCCCUGAGGAGGUCUACAGACCAGGAGACCUCAUUGCUUUCAAGAGGAAGCAGAAGACUGGUGGAUGGGUUGGACCAGCUCGAGUCCUUGCCACGGAAGGCAAGAACCUAUGGAUCUUGCACAGCGGCAUCCCUAUCUUGGUCGCUGGCAACAGAGUCCGAGCUGUCAACGCUGAGGAGCACCUGGAGAAUGAACUUCUCGACAAAAGCAGACUGAGCAGGAAGAGGCCAUUUCUGGACCCAGAAGCUGUUCGUCAACCACAUCGCUUUGAUGACCAAGGACAACAACCCUAUGUGGACAUGAGAGGACCGAUUGGUGGAGAUCAAUCUGGAGCAGAUCGAUCUGGAGGAGAAAGUCCCAAGAGGGUGAGGUCUAGCGAUGAGGGAGCCAGCAGCCCUGCCAGGAGCUCACGGGUGCCAUCUGCAGCAGCUUCUCCAGCUGCACCUGCCAAAUCAGAUGAUUUGGAUGAACUUCUGGAUGCGGAAGUUGAGGAGAGUGGAGGACCAGCCAGAGAGCAAGUUCAACAACAUCAAGAAGAACGACCCGCAGCGGUGACUGCGAGACAAACUACCGCUACUUCCACAACUGGACCCCCAAUGGUGCGCACACCACUGGCCAAAGCAAUGGCAAUUGACGGAGGAGACCGACUGGACUUUGGUGUACUCCGUACAAGAGCCAUGAGAACGGAAAGAACUGGGCCUUAUGAGAGGAUUGAACCUCAGGCCGAGGAAGAUGAGCGACCUGCAGCUCACUUCAACUUUCCAGAGCCGACUGAAGCCAAUUUGGCUUUGGCAAAGGAGUUCGUUUGCUUCAUGGUCAAGCGCAAGAACAAGUCGGACUCUCACGAGAUCAACUACGGCCGAGCCUCUGAUGAGAUGAAGCGGAAGCUCAAUGAGAGCAGGGCCAAGGAAUGGUCCAACUGGCUGAAGUAUAAAGCCAUCCGCUUUCCGACUCAGGCCGAGAUCGAAUCCCUUUUGCUGGCCGGUGAGAGUGUGAUCCCAAUGAGAUGGGUCGACAUUGACAAGAAUGAGAAAUUGAGAGCACCUGGCGACACAACAAUUCCUGAGAAAUUGAAGAGCCGCCUGGUGAUCAGAGGAGACCUCGAGGAUGGCAACUUCAGGACAGAUUGUCCAACGGCAUCAAGCACAGCCGUCCACAUCUUGCUGAGCUAUGCCAGUUGCAAGAGGCUGAAGCUGAAGUCCGGAGACAUUUCAGCGGCUUUUCUGCAGGGAGCACCUAUCCAACGUGUGCUUCUACUUUCAGCCCCUCGAGAUGGAAUUCCAGUGGAAGGAGGCCCGUGGAUCUCACCCGAGGAGUACAUGAUUGCACUCAUGAGCGUCUAUGGUUCCAAAGACGCACCUCGUGGUUUUUGGCUGGAACUACGCCAAACCAUCAUCGACAAUGGUGUUGUGGAGAUCGAGCCUGCCUUCUACGCCCUGAUUCAUGAAGGAGAAUGCCAUGGACUUUUGGCUACACAUGUGGAUGACCUUCUUUGGACCGGAACACCUAUGAUGGAUGAAGUGAUGAACAAGGUCCAAGAGAGAUUCACUUUUGGAGCAACGGAAGAAGGGAGCUUUCGUUUUUGUGGCCGAAAGAUCGUGGACACCGAGGACUACAUCUCAGUCUCUUCGCCGGAGACACUUUCCAAGGUGAAGCCAAUACACAUUGACGGAGGACGUCAACGUGAGCCUUCAUCACCGGCUUCGGUGUCUGAGCAGAGCCAAAUGCGUGCAGUGCUUGGUAGCAUUGGAUGGGUCGCCCGACUUUGCCGACCUGAGCUUUGCUAUGGCUGUUCUUCGCUUCAGGGAAAACAAGCCAAACCAACGGCUGAAGAUUUGCGCAACACCAACAAGCUGUUGGCAUCAGCGCAGAAGACAAAGGACAAUGGUGUCCGAUUCGUGAAGGGCAAGUUCGACUUUGAAGAAGCCAUCUUGCUGUCGGUGACGGACGCUUCGCAUGCAGCAGAAGUCAGCGUGACCGAAGAUGGGAAGACCCAAGGCCACCGCUCACAAAGUGGCAGGUUUCUACUUUUGGCUGGAGCUGCGCCAACUGUCAGACAGCCGGCAUGGUGUCACGUGUUGGAGUGGCAAUCUCAAACUUUGAAAAGAGUUUGCCGUUCGACUUUGCAGGCGGAGGUUUUGAGCUCUAUGCUGGGAUCGGAAUCAGCCCAACAGGUGCGGAUUCUUCUUUACUCCUUGAAAUACCCACGCAUUCCUGGUGACCGUGGGAUGGGAUGGAAGAUUCUGGCUGCCGAUUCGAAACUGGUGCUGUGGUAUUCUGACUGCAGAUCGUUCAUCGAUUACAUGUCUGCCACGACGCCUGGGAGCAUCACCGACAAGAGAUUGGCCAUUGACAUGACGGCCCUUCGACAAGAGCUAUGGCGUGGAGAGAAUGAAGAGAUCGGAGAUCCUUCAUCGAGUCCGAAGAUGCCCAUUGACGCGAAGGACCAAUUGGUAUGGAUUUGUACAGCCGACAUGCUGUCGGACCAAUUGACAAAGUCAAUGCGCUGGGACUCCGUGCGCAACCUUUGUGACACCGGAUGUUUUCCACUGACGGUCAGUCCGCUCAGCGGUGACGUGUACCGCACCUUGGCAUGCGUGAAGUGUGUAGCAGUGGCCAUGCAUUCCCGCUCGCAGUCAAUGCAGCUCUCCAAAUCGCAACGGGCUUGGCUGGAGACCUUGCUUCGCUUGCGCUCCAGCGCGAGUGUUUCUGAAGAGCUGCGGGAAGAGUGCACAGGGCAAAUUCUGACAUUCCUGCUUGGACGGGGACUGCUAGGCCGCUCCGAGCGGGUGGAGUUGGAGUUGCUACUGCUGGCCCUGGAGAAACGUCCGCAGUGCGUGGGGUUCGUGGGCCAGGUGCUUCAAGCUCUCUUCAGCCGACCGGGAUACUUCAUGUCACUGGCGGAGGCACCGUCCCUGCUUCCUGUGGCCUUGCUGCAGCACCUUACGCGCCGUGAUCCGCAGAGUUUGGCGUUGCCACCCUCGGCAACGCAGCAGCAGCGCUCGACGACUGCACUGACCUGCUGCAAGAUGGUGAAGCACUUCCUACUGCAGAUGGCCUCGUCAUUGCCGGAAACCGCCAAAGCUGUGCUGGGACUCGUGCGAAGCAUUGGAGAGUGGAAGGCUGGAAGCGUGGCACAGGAAGAAGAGGAUCCCAGUACCGCAGGGGAUACACCUGCAGAGGGUCUCAGACAGGAGUUGCUGGAGAAACUCCGAUCCAGGAAGCGCAAGCGUGAGGACGACGAUGGCCCCCCUGAGGCCGUUGCUUCCAAAUAUGGCGAUGGGUUAUGGAUGGCCAUGGGUCCCAAGGCGAUGACGACCUUUGCGGAAAGGUUCUUGGAGGAGGCAGUGGAGAAAAGUGAUGUUGAUCUUUUCAAAGAUCUCUUCAGAAUAUAUCCACUGGCAGAGGUGGAGGAUUAUUUUAAGGCUGGGCAGUGGCAGAAUGCCUUGAUGCUCAUGGAUCUCCAGCUCUUUCUGGCUCACCGGGAGGAAUCCGGUGCUGGCGAGCCACCACCAUUGGAGCAGCUGAAGCUGCCCACCUUGCCCGAAGCUGGACAGAUUCUCGAGGGACAGGUGAAUCAAGGGAAUCAAGUGAAGGAAUCCAGGACCAUCAUGGUGACUCCAGUGUUGCCCCAGGCGGAAACCCUGCAAAUUCUGAUUUUUGUCAACAAGCAUGGACUGGACCUCACAAAGACCAAGGCCCUGUUGGCACCUUUGGAGCUGUCGGUGCGUGAGCCAUUGAUGUCUGACUUUAGUCCAGGUAAUGAUGGUUCUGCACUCAACCAGCUCCAGGAUUUCAUGGAGAAGUCAGGUAUUUCCUUCGAACGGCUGGAUGACAGCCCAUCUGCAGCCACUCCCUCAGCCUCUACCGAGGCGGGCGCAGAGCUUACGGAGGCUUCCGAGGCCAGUCCCGCAGCCUCCGAGGCGAGUACGGUGGCAAAGACGGCACCAGCAGCUGUGGCGGCGCCAGCUGCACCGGUAGGAGGGCCGAGGCCGGUGGGGCCACUGAAGCCAGGACCUGUGGUGGUCCCCGCCCGAACACCAAAGCCGCCCGUGAAAGCGCCACCUGUGAAGCCACCGGUGAAAACGCCACCAGUCAGACCUGCGGCUGCAGCCACAGCAGCCACGUCGUUGACAAAGCCGCCGGUGGUGACGCCACUUGUCGUGCUGGCUCCAACUGGUGUUGCAGUCUCUAAACCGAUGCCCUCGGUGCUGGCUGCGAAGUUGCCGAAUAAGAGACCGCUGGAGGCACCAUUGGAACCCAAUCAGAAACGUCCUCAUGUGGUUCCUGAGAGGCCUGUGGUGCCAAAGGUGGUGAGACCUAAAGUCGCGCCAAAGAUGCCCAUGGGAUUCCCUGUGCCAUCGGUUCCCUUGAGGAUGAUCGCCACACAGGCACCCGAGGCAGAUGCUGUGGCUGAAGCAAUGGCUGCGCUGAAGUCCGAGGAGCUUCUCCUGCCUCAAAAACGCGAAGUCUUCCUGAAGUUGGCACAGGAUGACAGGAUCACACUACUCCAUCGGCUGCUUGAGACGUUAAGCCCAGCAGCAUCGCAGGUGAUUUCUUGGGAUCGUCCAGCCCUGGUGCAGCUGGCCAUGACGGCCCAGAUCCCGUUGCUGGCGGCGAAGUCCAACAAAGGCUUAACGCUGGCACUGCUUCCUGUGUUUGAGCAGAUCAGCUGGAGUCAUCCACAGAAUCGCAAAGCUUUGACGAAGCAGUUGACCUGGCAGAGCGGUGAUCCAGCGGCCGUUUUGCAACUGGCUGCAGCUCUGGUUCCGGAGCGGGUGUCCUUUCUCAAUGCAGUAGAAGGCUUGACAGCUGCAUCACUGCGACCACUGCCCAGCAAGGAGCAGCUGUUGUCCUUGUCCAAGUUUGUGCUGAAUCCUGCCCCACUGCUGUUGAAGAUGGUUUGUGAAGCCAUGGAGCAAGAGGAGAUGGUGGCAUCCUCCGCCUGCCUCCCAGGGCACAGUGCAGCCAGCUUCAGGUUUGAGAUCGAGUUGUUGCAGCGGGUGGAGGGCGCCUUCAGCCACUUUCUGGAUGCCAUCAACGCCGAAGAAUUGUCCGACGAGCAAAUGUUGGAAGCUGCAGAACUGGUGGUGAAGGCCUUGCCAUUGGUAGGGGACCUGCCACAAGAGAAGCUCAAGGACUUUGUCAAGGUGAGCACUGGCCGCGAGAAGAAAGCAGCAGCGUUGGUCUUGGGAUCACUGCAUCAAAUGGAACGGCAGUCCUGGCAUGUGCCUGCAGCGCGGCGCUUGCUCAGCUUGAUCAGUGAGGAAAUGCCAAGCGAUUGGCUCCUGCAGCACGCCGUGCUCUGGUGGUCCCAGUUGCUUCCGAAGCUCGAGAAGCUACAGGACUUCAUAGCACAGCUGGAGCAGAAUUACAGAGGCUCUCUGUCUCCCAGUGAUUUGCUGACUUGGCAGCUGCUGUGUUCUGCGGCGCAGUUCGCAGCCGGUGCUGAUGCCAACAGCUGGAGUUUUCGCAGCUGGGCGCAUCGCUUGAAACCGCUGGGCGGCGGCACAUGGUCAUGGGACCUGGAUCAGCGAAGGGUGCGUGCCACUGCAGAGAUCUUCCGCUUCGACAGGGGAGCACAGGAGAAAGCUGCUGAAAGAGAUGCCUAUGACAUCGCAUAUUUGCUGCCCUUCUUGGCUGGUCAACUUCGCUUGACUUAUCAAGAAAGUGGUGGUGUGGCAUCCCAAUCCUUGGGCGCCACUCUCAGCGCCGCCAUGUGCGGCGGCGCGCUGGAGCUUCUACUGCUGGGCACCGCCUGUGCCGAGCCUUUGCUGCGCGCCUGCGCGUUUGAGGCGCUCUCGAUCGUGCUGGCCAUAGCACAUUUCUGGAAUGUCACCAGCUUCGAAAAGGAUGAGGCCAACAAACGUUUGCCUUUUCGAGAACUUCCCGAGCUUGUUCGUUUACUGUGCUACGUGCGAGAUGGCCUAGAUACUCCAGAGGAUGACAAUCCACCGACGCUGCCGCGACUGGCUGCAUCCUUUUUCGCUGGCUGUGUGCCAGUCUUGAUUCAGCCGCAGCACAUGCUUUAUCAAACCCUGGCAAAGUACCUCUUUGGUAAACCGGCGGCUGAUUUUCAGGAUGUGCCUUUGUUCUACAAGCUGCUGCUGCCACAAACUGCUGACAGCCAGGAGGCGCGGCUGUGGUUUCUGCGAAUCCUCCGACGUGGUUUGGCGACUGGAGGAGCCUUGGGAGGCGAUGAAAUCUCCAGGCGGGCCCUUGCACGAAGGCAUGUGUUGCCAUGGUUGAUGAGUUUUGCUGGGUCAAAAGAGCUUGGGAGCUUUCCAAUUUUGAUGGAGGUGAUCAACUGUUUAGAAGCAAGUCUCACAGCUCCCACCUAUGCGGCUGAAGGAACUGCUUUGCGGCUUUCAGUUGCUGAGUGGACGGCGAAUCAGGCUGUACGUCCCAGUGGCGCUCGCCAUUCUGUGCAGGUCUUGCUGGCACUGGGACGCUUAGUAACAGCCCUGUUGAAGAUGCCAGGUGGUGAUUUAGAGAAGAGCAGAGUCGCCAAGCAUGGCACACAUCUUCUAACUUUAGGCCGAGCUUUGAAGGCCCUGGCAACAGCUUGCCGGCACACCCUUGAGUCAAGUGAUGAAGAGACCCAGGAUGCUUCCAGGCUGAAACUUGUGACCAUGUUGUGGGAGCAAAUCGGACGCCUUGGGAAGUUGGUGCAAAGACUGCAGGCCUUGGACAGCGGAAUCGUUGAAGAGGACGCCAGCAAUCGCUGUGCAGCGGCGGGCUGGGCGCUGGCAGCGGAGUUGGACUCAGCUCUGAAGCUGACGUCACUCUGCGGUCGCUUGAUGAAGCUGGAUGAAGUCUCGCAAAGCCGAAAGCUUUCGGCGCAAGCACUUGUGAAGGUUGCGUCUAGCAGCUCGUCGUUAAAAGAUUUGCUGGGGGAGCUGGUGGUGCUUCUGCAGGCUACUCCAUCCAGCACAUUGCUUUACAACAUGGUGGUGGACGUGGUGCAGCACACCUUGGUAGAAGGCGAUGUGAAGACUUGCUGGAGUUUAGAAACACAACAGGAGGCUGUGUCGGCCAUGUGGCAAAUCCUGCGGGCGAAAGCCAAGAAGGUUUUCACCUGCAGUGAGACCAAAGAAAGUCUCUGCAAGAUGCUGUGUGCAGUGCUCGCAUUGCCACAUCACCCGUCCAUGGAGUGGCGAGUCCGACUUCUCAUCGCUGCUAUACUGUCGCUUCAGCAAGCUCCAGAUGAGCAGCUUCAGAGGUUACUGGCAGAGUUGCCAUCUCCCAUGAAAGCCAUUUGCCCAAAGGAGGAUGGAGGCAAACACUUGGAGCCCACGGUGACCAAUGUGCUCAGAUAUGUCCUAGUUCCUGAGGCAAAAAGUGCACAGCUCCGCAGAAAGUCAGAAAAGUUGCUGCAAUAG